CCGUUAUUGAAUGGGAGAAGAACUCGUGAAUAGUGAUCCAAACUCAUCAAAAUGAUUGAGAGUGAUCUGCGCAGCCGUUAGGCCCGUUACUUGUAGGAUCCUACCCGACCCGAUUCAAAUUGUUUUUGAAACUUUUAAAAAUAGCAGCGGGAUUUCGAAAUUUGAAAAUCAGUAACGUUCACUCGCCAUUACAGAAAUCUUUCCCCGUGUCUUUUUCUCCCACUCCCAGCUCUCCGAUCUCUUUCUCCGCCAUGUUCAUUUUCAUCAUUUACUGAAUCCGAUUCUUUCAAAUUCGCUGUCCAAUUUUGACAAAUUAGGGCAAAAAAACCCCCCAAAUUUCCACUGCAUAGUAAAAUGGCUAGUUUGACUCCCGGAAUCCUUCUGAAACUUCUCCAAUCCAUGAACUCCGGUACCCGAGUCACCGGCGACCACCGUUCCCCGCUUCUUCAAGUAAUAGGUAUUGUUCCGGCACUCUCCACUUCCGAUUCCCUCUGGCCACACCAUGGAUUCUACGUUCAGCUUUCCGACUCCCAAAACUCCACUUACAUCUCCCUCUCCGAGAAGGAUACUGACCUAAUCCUCACCAAUCGGCUUCAGCUAGGUCAAUUCGUCCAUCUCGAUCGGUUCGUUUUCGAUUCUCCUCCGGUUCCUCGGGCCGUGAAUCUCAGGCCCAUUGCCGGUCGGCAUGCCUUUAUUGGGUCUCCAGAACCCCUAAUUGCCCGUAUUUCCCCUUCCAAAAAUGGGUUCGUCAUCCAGCCGGCCACGGAUUCCGACCACCCUUUUGCUGCUUAUUCGUCUAAAAAUGGAGUUUCUGGUGAGGAAGUAAAAAGUAAACCAAUCGAAGUCAAGGAUGUUGAAAAGAGGAAAGCUAUUAGGCAAGUAUCUGCUCCUCCCAAGGAAAAUGUGAAUGUCAAUUUAGUUUCAGAUUCCGGGGAUGAGUCGAAAGGGAGCUCUGCAAAGCCUCCACAAAGGUUCUCAUCACCGGCGGCCACCCGGCAAAGGUCUAUUUCGGCAGGGAGGAAGAACUUGGCUGUGGCGGAGAGGGAUCCAUCUCCGGCUGGGAAGGUCAAGCGUUCUGCUUCUCCGGUGCCAUCAAAAUGUACCGUGCCGAGUUUGGUUGCUGCCAAAGAGGAGAACAGGAAGAGUGCAAAAGAGCCAGCCAUCAUUGUGCCAUCGAGGUAUCGACAGCCCUCUCCAACUGCUGGAAAGCGGCAGGCAAGUCCGGUGGUGGCAAGGAGAAUGUCUUUAUCCCCUGGCCGACGAUUAUCUGGUGGGCUUAAGGCUGUAGAUUCAUCAGGAAAGAAGAAAAUCACUACUAUUGCUGCUGGAAUUUCUAAGGUUUCUGAGGCUCUCGUGGGUGCAACAAAACCAGUAAGGAAGAGCUGGGAUGAAGGGCCAGUUUUGGGUGGUGGUCCUUCAGAGCAUAAAGACAAGAUUGGGACAAAGAAUAGGCCGGAUUUUCAAGCAAUUUUGAGAACUCAGGCUGCUAUAUCCAGACGAUUAAGUGAUGUGAGCAUUCGGGAUGACAUUUCAAGUGAUGAUAUUAUAAAAUCUAGUCCAAUUGAAAGUCCUGCAGCAGUCGAGAAACACAAAGUUGCAGCUCCAGUAAUCACUAUUCAUGAGAAGAAAUGGACUGAUGGAAGCAUUCCUUUAGAUACAGUGUCUUCAGAUUUGGCACGGCUCGGAAGGGAAGCUAGGCAAAGAAGAAUUAUUGCUUCGACAGCAGCAGCUGAAGCUUUAGAAGAGGCCCUUGCCACUGAGUCUAUUGUGAGGAGUUUGAGCAAAUUUUCUGAUCUCUGCUUGUCCUCAAGGCCAUCAAAUCCUCUGCCUACCAUUGAUCAGUUCAUGUCAAUUUACGAAGGUCUUGUGAAAUCAACAACACUCACUGAAUCACUUGCAAAUAGCCGUGGUAUGGGAAAACCCCAUGAAACUAUCACUGCUGUAGAGCCCGCCAAAUCCAGUACCCUUUGGGUAGAAGCUGCUCUGGCAACUGAUCUUGAAGUGGUCUCUCUUUUAACAAAUCCAAACUUUGAACAACCAUCAUCAGCAGUAGAGAGAAGUUCAUCAUCUAAACAGAAGUCUGCUUCCCUUAAGAAUGUUAAGCCAGGUUCAUCAUCAGCUACAGGGGCCCCCUGGAUCAGGGGUCAGGGAAUGAGUGAAACCUCGGAUUUUGCCAAGAAAUUGCAGUUAGAGAUGCAGAUGUGGUUCUUGAGAUUUGUUGAGGAGUCCCUAGAUGCAGGUUUCAGGGUGUUCGAAAAAUGUCCAACUGGUGCUAAUGCAGGAGGUCCCAACAAUGGUCCCAUUGCUGCAAUUCUAUCCCAGCUGAAGAGAGUGAAUGACUGGUUGGAUCAUGUAGUGUCCAAACGGGAUGAGUUGAUAAUGGCGAAAAUUGAGCACUUGAAGCAAAAGAUCUAUGGAUUCGUUAUCCAUCAUGUUGAAACUACAGUUGAUAACCCCAUGCCUGUUGCUGCAUCAUCUUGAUGAUCAACCAUUUUGAGCCAAGAUUACUGUUUCUGUGCCCAUUUCAUGCCUGUUACUUCUUUUUCGCUUUCCCUUUUUCUUUGAAGAGGUUGGGGUAGAUUCAGUUUGAUAUCUUGUCAUGCUGCAUAAGAAGAUAUGCAUAAGGUUGCAGUAGAUGGGUGUCGUUUACCUCCAUGAUUAUUGCCAUUUGCAAAGACAUACAGCAGUAAUUUUUUUACCUCUCCAAUUUUUUGGCUUCUAUUUUAUCCAGCUAGGAACAAGUCCAAUAGGCAUGCGAAGCUGGUGCAUAUUUUAAUCCUUAUUUUAGAUUCUUCCACAAAAUUGAAUUUCUUCAGACUCUUCAUGUAAAAAGUGUAAAACAUGAAAUGUUAGACAGUAGUACUCUAUGAAAUGUUCGAGUAAAUCAUUCACCAAAUCGGUUCCCCCUCAAUAACCAAACAUUCACCAAUUUCACCAUUUCUCCCAAUCUUUCCCGCUAUCGCCGCCACCUCUUUCCAUCAUUGGUUUCAAGAUCUAAUCACCGCCGACACUGGAAGCGACUGAAACCUCUGCCAUUUUCCAUUCGGGAAGGAAAAAUUCUAGAUCUAUACUAAAUUGGAAAAAGUCCUUUGUUACAAUAGAGUUCAAAAUUUAAGUUGUGUAGCCACAGAAGAGAAAGAAGAAGCAAAGCAUGGAGAGGAUUGCAACGGACUUAACGACGGUGACGAAUGACCAAAGAAAGGUGUUGAUGAAGAAAUUCGACAGACCUGUAAUGUUUAUUGCCUUUGUGGGAAGAAAAAAAUAGACAGGAUUUAUGGGUUUCAAAUUUG